UACAGGUGGCUACGUCUCAUUAGCUGUGGAAAUAGCGUGUGUUAUGCGGCUCUUCAUGCACAAACAAACCUAGUUUUCAUUUAAAAGUCCGGGAAUUCAACGUUUUUCUAAGGUUGCUGGGACUGUUGAUGAGAACAGCCUAUUUUCUGAGCUCGACACAUCGGGUCUGAAACUGUUGCUGAAGGCGCACUGUUUGACAGCCAUGGAAGCAACGUUACUUUACCUCUGACAGUGACAACAGUUGCUUUUUUAAGCAAAUGCCCACAAUGGCUUCUGUUUUGGAAGAUCCAAGCCUAGAGCGCCACUUCAAGGGGCAUAAAGAUGCCGUCACCUGUACCGACUUCAAUCCAAACCGCAAACAACUGGCCUCAGGCUCAGUGGAUAAAUCUCUGAUGAUCUGGAAUCUGGCUCCAAAGGCCAGAGCUUUCCGUUAUGUCGGCCACCAAGACCUCAUCACCGGGGUGCAGUUCUCCCCCUCCGGUCACCUGGUGGCCACUUCCUCCAAGGACAGGACGGUCCGACUGUGGACCCCCACCAUGAAAGGAGAGUCCACAGUGUUCAAAGCCCACACGGCGCCUGUACGCAGCGUUGCUUUCUCCCACGAUGGACAGCGGCUGGUGACGGCGUCGGAUGAUAAGUCGGUCAAAGUGUGGAGCGUCCACCGGCAGUGCUUCGUCUACUCGCUCACCCAGCACACCAACUGGGUGCGCUGCGCCAGGUUUUCUCCAGAUGGGCGUCUGAUAGCGUCGUGUGGAGACGACCGCACCGUCCGGCUGUGGGACACGUCCACCAAACACUGCAUCAACUGCUUCACCGACUCUGCAGAAUCGGCCACGUUUGUUGGUUUUAACUCGAGUGGAACAUGCAUCGCGUCCUCGGGAGCCGACAGUUCACUGAAGAUCUGGGAUCUCCGGACCAACAAGCUGAUUCAGCACUAUCAAGUCCACAGUGCAGGGAUCAACAGUUUUUCCUUCCACCCGUCCAACAACUUCCUGAUCAGUGGCUCCAGCGACAGCACAGUGAAGAUCCUGGACCUGGUGGAGGGGCGCCUCAUCUACACCCUGCAUGGACACAAGGUACAUCAUUAUGAACACAGAGACAUCAGGG